AUGCUCUCCACAUUCCUCCUGGCCCUGUUGCCCCUCGUGGCCGCCCAGACCAAAUCCUCGAAGCGCGGUCUUGUCUUCACUCCCAAUGCCAGUUGGCCCCAAGACAACCAGGUCUGGGUUCAGGCCGGCUCCGAUCUGACCUGGUACUACAACUACCAGGAGAUCCCGAGCCCGGCCUUCUCUUCCAAAACCCAGGCCGAAUUCGAAUUCGUCCCCAUGAUGUGGGGUGUUUCCUCCAACCCAGAGGACACCACCUUUCUCAAAGCUGUAAAAAGUCUGAUUGAGGACAAGAACAUGAACAUCACCCAUGUUCUGGGCUUCAACGAGCCCGAUGGCCCCUCGCAGUACGGCGGCAGCGACAUUGCUCCCGCCAUUGCUGCCAAAGCCUGGGUCGCCAACUUUGUUCCUCUGGGUGAGAUGGGCGUCAAGCUGGGCCUGCCUGCUUGCACUGGCCAGCCCGCCGGUCUGCCAUGGUUGAAACAAUUUCUGGGUAACUGUUCCGACCUGAUUAGCACCUCGGGUGACAAGAAAAACUGCACAUACGACUUUCUUCCCGUGCACUGGUACGACAACUUCGCCGGCCUGGCUAGUCACAUUGGCGAGCGUAGAGCCAACUUCCCGGACGCAAAGAUCUGGGUCACGGAGUAUGCCUAUGCCCACCAGGAUCUCGCUACCACCCAGGAGUACUACAACCAGACUGCCGAUUACUUCGACAAAAUCGACUACAUUGAGCGGUACACUUACUUUGGCGCAUUUCGUUCCAAGACGAGCAAUGUUGGAGCUAACGCUUCAUUCCUCAACAACGAUGGCAAGCUGACCGACAUUGGCUCUUGGUACUUGGGCUUCACCGCUACGGGAGUGAAUCCCCAGUCUGGCAACAGCGGUAGCACGCGGCAAGGACCGCCAAUGCUUGUGGCUGCCGCGGCGACAUUUGCUGCUGUUGUUUAUGCCUUUAGCUUCUGA